AUGGUUCUCGCCUCCAAUGAAGUUGUGUUUAUAAAUUUUUAUGCUGAGUGGUGUAAAUUCAGCAAUAUGCUUAUGCCUAUAUUUGAUGAUGCGGCCGAGGAAGUGACUAAAGCCGGGUAUGAUACUGGUAAAGUGGUAAUGGGUAAAGUAGACUGUGACAAAGAAACUACCAUAGCAACAAGAUUUCAUAUUUCAAAGUAUCCCACUCUUAAAUUGUUCCGAAAUGGUUUACCAGCUAAAAAGGAGUAUAGAGGACAACGGUCAGUAGAAGCCUUUGCUGAAUUUAUCAAAAAGCAGUUAACUGACCCAGUUAUUACAUUUUCCUCUCUGAAGGAGCUACAGAAACUGAGUGAAGACAAGAGACAUAUUAUUGGAUACAUGGAUAGACGUGAUCAACCUGAAUAUGAGAUGCUUCGAAAAGUUGCAGCUAGUCUUAAGGAUGAAUGUAUAUUCCACGCUGGUUUUGGUGAUGCAUCCCAGCAAAUGCAUCCUCCGGGCCAACCUGUAGUUGUAUUUAGAGCUGACACGAAGACUUCUGUUGAACCUGAUGAAACAUACCUUGGAAGUUUGUUAAACUUUGAUCAGCUAUAUCAUUGGGUUCAACAGAAGUGUAUCCCUCUAGUUAGAGAGAUAACAUUUGAAAAUGCAGAAGAACUGACAGAAGAAGGAUUGCCAUUCCUUAUCCUGUUCCAUCACCCAACUGACACAGAAAGUGUGAAAAAGUACAAAGAAAUUAUUAACAGAGAGUUAGUGGAUGAGAAAGAUAAAAUAAACUUCCUCACUGCUGACGGUUUACGUUUUGAACACCCAUUGCAUCAUCUCGGAAAAUCUGUGUCCGAUCUACCGUUGAUUGCCAUUGACUCCUUCAGGCACAUGUAUCUCUUCCCUGACUAUAAUGAUAUGGAAGUACCCGGAAAAUUAAAACAAUUUUUAAAUGACCUCUAUUCAGGCAAAUUACACAGAGAAUUCCACUACGGACCUGAAAACCCAGAAACUGCUACAAAAGAAAUAAAAGUGACCACUCCACCGGAAUCAACAUUCAAGAAAUUAGCUCCAUCCAAGAACCGAUACACUCUUCUUAGGGACGAGUUAUAAAAAAAAACUGUUACUAAUUAAUUAGUAGAUCAGUUUUCCACUAAAACGCUAUUAUCUCAUUUUACAUUUUAUCAAUUUACAGUUUCACUAUAAUAUUUAUUAUAUAUUUUUAAUCUUAUGGUCUGGUUGAUAAAAAAUUACUAAUUCAUUGUAUUAUAUAGCAAGUGUACAUAUAUAUCGAAAGUGAUUUUCAAAUUAAAAAUUGUGUAGAUAUAUUUUAUAAUGAAUUGUUUAGUUUAUAUUUCGUGUCCAUAAUUUAAAGUGAAAAUGUAUUUUCUUAAACAAUGUUAGGUUUCAAUUUUCAAUAAAUAGGUAGUCAAGAAAUAGCUUACGAUUAGUUGUUUACUAUAUUUAAACUAUUAUGAUGCUAAUUUAAUCGUGACGACUUAAUGAGCUGCGUAUACUUAAAUAGCACACUUAGAUUCAGUUAUGUAAAUUGCAUGAUUAGAUUCAGUUAUGAAAUACAUUUCAAGAUCAAGACGUUGUCUGUAAAAUAUGUAAGAGAAAGUUUGUUUAGUGUGCAUAUGUUGUGAUUUGCAUUACAUAUUUACAAAUUGAUACCCUUUAAAACUGUCAAUAAAAUGUAUAUCUUAUA